AUGCCUUUCACAACCCCACCCAAAAACUACUUCCUAAUCCUCUUUCCUGGCUACCAACUCCUGGACGCCGCCGGACCCCUCGACAUCAUCGAGACAAUCACCAAGCACCCGCCCAUCAACGGCCUCGACACAGACGUCACACUCACCGUCCUCGCGGAGACGCUUUCCCCGCCUCCGACCGCGCCAAUCCCUCCGCGGGGCGCUAGCUAUACAUUUGACCUGAGCGGGCCGGAGAUGCAGACGUUCUUGAGGACGGAUGGCAGUGGUGGUGUGAGGGGGGCGCGGUGUAAUCCGCGCUUUGCUGUGGAUUUGACGUUUGAGCAGGCGUUGGACGGGUUAAGACGCGAUGGGAGUGUGGAAGUUGAGGUUCCGAGCGCGGAUGGGAGUGGAGAGUGGGUUGUUGAGAAGAGGGGUGUGGAUGUAUUGCUUGUUCCUGGAGGGGUUGGGACGAGGAUGGAAAGGGUUGAGAGGGGGAGUGGGGAGAGGAUGUUGAAUGUCAAGCCUAGUGUGAGCUUUGUGGAGGAGGUGUGUCGAGGUGGUUGGGUAAGAGACGCAGUGUUGACUGUGUGUACGGGGAGUGAUUUGUUUGCAAGGACUGGGCUGUUGAAUGGACGAAGGGCGACGACAAAUUGGAAUGCGUUCGAUAAGGUUGCGGGGCGGCAUAGUGGUGUGAAGUGGUUGAAGGGACGGAGGUGGGUUAGGAGUAAGCCUGAGGAGAUGGGGGGCAAAGAUGGGAAUGAGAAGGAAGGGUUUGAGAAGGAGAUUUGGACUAGUGCUGGAAUCAGUGCUGGUAUGGAUCUGAUGUUGUGGUUCGUUGCGGAGGUUUAUGGAUACGAUUUUGCCAAAUCGCUUGCGAGGAAGUUGGAAUAUGAGUGGAGGGAUAAUAUUGGGGAUGGGGAGACUGAUCCUUUCUAUACUCAAGAAGAUAGCAAGCAUUGA